AUGUCCCCCACACCGACUGGCACGAAGGCGGCGGGUAUGCAGAGCUCCCCGGUGCCGCGCAUGGAGCCCGAAUUCCUCCCGAGCCCCUCCAGCGCCUUCCUGAGCGGCCUGGGGCUCGGGGGCCUCGGGGUAACGGCCACCAUCAAAGCGGGGCUGGGAGUGCAGAGACUGGCCGCGGCGCAGCUCAUAAAGCGGCGGGAGCAGAAGGCGAGAGCGGCGGAGGAGAGGAGCCACACGGCGCUGAGCUCCAGCCCCAAGCCGCAGAACUGCAGGAGGCUGGUGGUGCUCGGAGCGCCGCGCGUCGGGAAGACGGCCAUCCUGCGGCGCUUCCUGCGGGACGGGUUCGAGGAGCGCUACGAGCCCACGCGGGAGGACUUCCACCGCAAAGUCUACAGCAUCCGCGGGGAGACAUACCAGGUGGACAUCCUGGACGCAGCCGGGGAGAGAGACUUCCCCGCCAAGCGCAGACUCUCCAUCCUCACCGGUGAUAUCUUCCUGCUCGUGUUCAGCGUGGACAAUCGCAGCUCGUUCGAUGAAGUGUGCACUCUGCGCUCGGAGAUCACGUCGGCCAAGGCAGCGCUGGUGCCCUCGAAGGCGCAUGCGAGCAGCGUACCCAUGGUGGUCUGUGCAAACAAGGCAGACCUGCCAGUCGAGCAGCAUGCAGUGUCCCAUACAGAGGCCCUGCACGUGUUCGCAGAUGGCUGCGUGCUCUACGAGACAUCUGCCAAAGACAGCAGGAACCUGGAGGAGGCGUUCGAGGCGCUGGCGGAGAGAGGCGGGCUCCCGCUUGAGACCGGGCCGUCUCGGCACCGCAAGCUGUCCCUCCGCUCGUACCACGCCAUUCUGCGUGCGGCGCGUCAACGUGGUGGCGACACGCCGUGCGGCGCGGUACACCCGCUCGCACGCAGACCCAGCUUCGGAACGGACUUGCAGCUGGUGCUCGCCUCGCGCAAGGAACAGUCACAGAGCACGAAGCUGAGCAAAGCAGUGACUCAUCCAGCCUGCCCCAUCCAGUGA